AUAGGCUGGCGGAAGUCUCGCGGGACUUGGGAAGGGGAGGACGCAAGUUGCCCCUGGGCGCUGGGAGACACAACAAACAUGGCGGUGGCGGGAGUGGUGAGCGGCCGCGAAGGCGAGGAAAUGCGGCGGAGACUGUCUGGAAAAGAGUUAAACAGAAGCCCGUGUUUCAAUGUAUGAUGGAACGUAUAUUUCAAAAAUGGAUAUUUCGGUUAUUUGAAGCUGAUUUGGAUCAUUAAGUCCUGCAACAUUGUGAAGUUGUAGUGUGAAUAUGGGUGAAAAGAAACCAGAACCUUUGGAUUUUGUAAAAGAUUUUCAGGAAUAUCUGACUCAGCAGACUCACCAUGUGAAUAUGAUUUCAGGCUCUGUUAGUGGUGAUAAAGAAGCAGAAACUCUUCAAGACGCAGGGACAGAAGGUGAUCAGAAUGGACUAGAUCAUUCUUCAGUUGAGGUUUCACUGGAUGAAAAUGCAGGAGUAUUGGUAGAUGGGUUUGAAAGAACUUUUGAUGGGAAGUUAAAGUGUCGGUAUUGUAACUAUGCCAGCAAAGGAACAGCCCGUCUCAUAGAACAUAUCAGAAUCCACACAGGUGAGAAGCCACACAGGUGUCAUUUAUGUCCCUUUGCGUCAGCCUAUGAACGGCACCUGGAAGCUCAUAUGCGGUCUCAUACUGGUGAAAAACCGUAUAAAUGUGAAUUGUGUUCCUUCCGCUGCAGCGACAGAAGCAACCUGUCUCACCAUCGCAGGCGCAAACAUAAGAUGGUGCCUUUAAAGGGUACAAGGCCUUCUCUUAGUAACAAGAAGAUAUGGGGUGUCUUGCAGAAGAAGACUAGCAACUUGGGGUUCAGCCGAAGAGCACUAAUUAACUUGAGCCCGCCUUCUAUGGUGGUUCAGAAGCCAGACUAUCUUAAUGACUUCACUCAUGAAAUCCCAAACAUUCAGACUGAAGCGUAUGAAAGUAUGGCGAAACCAACAGAGACUGGUGGGUUACCGAGAGAUCCGCAAGAUCUUAUGGUUGAUAACCCUUUGAACCAGCUAUCUACUUUGGCAGGACAGUUGUCUAGUUUGCCCCCUGAAAACCAAAACCCACCUUCCCCCGAUGUUGUGCCGUGUCAAGACGAAAAGCCUUUUAUGCUACAUCAGCCUGUGGUGCCAGCUGUGGUCCCUGCAGUCCCGACCAGUAUUCCUCAGAGCGCUUCUCCCACAAGCCCAGACCCACGUCCCGUGCACUCUCAAAGGAACUACAGCCCGGUGGCCGGUCCUAGCAGCGACCACAGCGCUCACGCCAGCACCCCAAGCAUAAGUAAUAGCCAGCCCAGUACACCAGCACCGACUCUCCCAGUUCAAGACCCGCAGCUUCUGCACCACUGCCAGCACUGUGAUAUGUAUUUUGCUGACAAUAUCCUGUAUACUAUUCACAUGGGAUGCCAUGGAUUUGAGAACCCUUUCCAAUGUAAUAUAUGUGGUUGCAAAUGUAAAAACAAAUAUGACUUUGCUUGCCACUUUGCCAGAGGUCAGCACAGUCAGCACUGAUUGAACGCAGGUUAUACUAUGUUCCAUUUAUCUGUGUGUUUAAACACAUUGCUGUCUGUCACUUUCUUGCUUGUGGAGAGAUUGCUUUUCCUUUCUGAGAAAUCGGAUUAAGCAGUUUCCCAUUAUAGGCAAGCAUUCUGAUUUUGUCCUGUUGAGAUCAGUGAAGGACUUUGUUAACCAUGGUGGCAUUUCUUAUCUGGUUCUUAAACAAAGAAGAGGCUUGUCAUGCAAUUACUCUUCUUUAAAAAUGUGGAACAGCGGUGAAACAAAAUAAGGACUGACCUAACAUAACUUUCAUCCGUUGCCUUGUACUUUCCAAAUACAACUUAAACUACUCCAUUUUGGGCUGUCACAACAUAGUCCAGUAACUUAAUUCUGCAACUUUGUAAGUUACUUAAUUCUGUAACUUGGCGUAGUGGCUGCGGGUGUCUAUGAAUGGUUCUUCCCCUAAAGUGAUACAAAACCUCUUGUAAAGCUUAAACUAAAUUUGUAUUGACAACAAAACUUAAAAUUAGCCAAACAUGUAGUUGAAGUGGAAGCUUUAAUAAAGCUCUCAUAACAACGUGAAAGACUAGAAGAGUAACAGUGUGAAAUAAGAUACAAAGACAUCCUCUUUCCAAGAGUACUGACUUAUUUUAAGACAUUCAAGGAACAGUGCCUAGCAUUAAAUGUCUGUAACAUGUAAAACUGCACAAAAAGAAAACAUUAGAACAAAAUGGGUAAUAUGUUCAGAUGUACUACCUUCUCCAUGCCUAGCUUGCAGUGCAUUACAAAUAAUUUCAUUGCCUUGAAGUACUAACGUAUUUCCUGUUUUGCCUUUGCCUUCUGGAUAGUAAUGUAUUUUAUAUGGAAAUGGCAUAGCAAGGAAGUUAUAAAAUGAUAGCCCAUGAUAAAUAUGAAUAGAUUAUCUUAACUAUGAACAUUUAUUUAAUGCAUUUUCUUUUGUAAAUUAUCAUGUAACAGUCAUUGAGUCACAUUCCAGACUGUUGGGAAGUCUGUUAAUAGUUCUGGAUUCAGCAAACCAAGAAGUUAAUAUGACGAAUUGUGACGACUAAUUGCAGCAGAUAUUAUAUUCACUGUGAAAGUGAUGGUACCAAUCUGUCUUCUGUACUAGAAAAACUGUCUAGGAAGGUGAAUAGGCACUUUAACCAAAGCAUGCUAGCCAAAACUAGUGCUAGUAUAUAGUUUAAUAAUAUACAGGGGAAAGCAUAUAAAUUUCAAUGCACUUUUAUUGUAUAAUUUUCUUCAGGGGAAGUUUUUCUCCAAGCUCUUGCACAAUAAGUAAAUAUGUACAUCCAGAUUUUAUUUCAGAUUAUGCUAAGUACAUUUCUUGAAUUGAUCUCUUAACUACUUUGCAUGAAGAGUUGUUUGGUAUGUUCAUGUUUUAGUGGAAUCUCUUUUCCUGUAGUUUGAAUCCAUUUCUGGGGCAGCAGAAAACAAGCCUGCUCCUUCUUCAAUAUGACGUCCUUUCAAAUAUUUAAACAGGGCUGUCAUGUCUCCUCUUAACCUUCUCUUCUCCAGCUCCCUAAGUCACUCUUCACGAGGCAUAGUUUCUAGGCCUUUUAGCAUUUUGGUCACCCUUCUCUGGAAAUGUUCUAGCUUGUUUCACUUCCUGUUAACAGGUCAGAAACAUGAUGUUAUCACCCCUCGAUGUUUCUGUGCUUUUGAAUUUUACUUAAGAUGUUUUUUUUUAAAUGAGAUAUGGCAUAGUUGUCUAAGGUCUCAUAGAGAGUCAGUGCAGUUCUCCAACUUUGCCUAUUCCUGCUCUAAAGUAUAAUGUACAAUUGGGAAUUACAGGGUGUACAUGGAUAAGCAGCACAGAGAAAUAAUAAAUUUGGUGGUACCUCUGUGCCUAAACAGAUAAAUGAGGUCAGACUUCUUUCCUAUUCAAGUUUUGAUUAUUUUUUUUAGAGAGAAGGCUUCAUAAAACAGCUUUAAGGUCUUAACUUUUUUUCUAGGAAUACUGUAAGUGUCUUUCUCAUAAUGUGAAAUAUGACUGCACUUUGCAUUCUGGUGCAGAAGUAUUUUAAACGAUGUUCUUGUUAGUAUCUUCUGCUUAUCUAAAAUAUACCACUAAUCUUGCAGCUCUCUAAGGUAACACGUGACAAAAUCCCUUGGGAUAACAUGCCAUAAUACAAGAUAAUCUGUAUGCUUUAAUUACAGUGCUGGAGAUACUAAAUUAAAUGACAGCUAAAUAAAAAGUUUUGUAUAUUCUA